AUGGCCAAGGCGAACGGGAAGGAUCCUCUACCAUUCGCCCCGUUACAGGAUAAGAUGGGCCCGCGUCGAAACGUGAUGGCUGAGAUUCGAAGCGUUGUGGCCGAGGCGGUGGCUGAGGUGGUAGAAGGAGAGGAAUGCACGGUGGUACUUGAGAGGACCAAGGCAUUGGUGAAGGACAGAGAGACCACAGGGGAGGCAAGAGUAGUGGAAAAGGGGGUUGCUGAUGGGAGCAGUACUGGUGUAGGGGCAGAGGAGGCGAGCAGAAUGAUUGCGAUGAUGGAAAAGGGGUGGUAUGGUGGAGCUGGUGAAACAGAAAUGAAAGGAAUGAUGGGCUUGGAAGGGGAUGAGGACGGGGUAGGAGAGGUGGGGCCAGAGGUUUUUCUGGAGUGGAGUGUGGAGAAGGCCAGAGAGGCCAAUGCACAUGCAAUGGGGUAUACCAAAGAAAGGAGUUAA